AUGACGGGCCAGAGCCUGUCGGAUUUGUCCGAAGCCAACUUUGAGGAUAGUGAGAUCAGCGUCAACGUUGGGGGUUUCAAGAAGAAGCUGCGCUCGCACACGCUGUUGCGCUUCCCGGAGACCCGGUUGGGCCGCCUUCUGCACUGCCGCUCCAAGGAGUCCAUACUGGAGCUGUGUGAUGACUAUGACGACGCGCAGAACGAGUUCUACUUUGAUCGGAACCCGGAGCUCUUCCCCUACGUACUGCACUUCUAUAACACGGGCAAACUACACGUAAUGGGAGAGCUCUGCGUUUUUUCCUUCAGUCAAGAGAUAGAGUACUGGGGUAUCAAUGAGUUCUUCAUCGACUCUUGCUGCAGCUAUAGCUAUCACGGAAGGAAGAUGGAGCCUGAUCAGGAGAAAUGGGAUGAGCAAAGUGACCAGGAGAGCACCACCUCCUCCUUUGACGAGAUCUUGGCCUUCUAUAAUGAUGCAUCCAAGUUUGAGGGGCAGCCCUUGGGCAAUCUCCGAAGACAGCUAUGGUUGGCCCUGGAUAACCCAGGCUAUUCCAUUCUGAGCAGAGUAUUCAGCAUUCUUUCCAUCAUGGUGGUACUAGGCUCCAUUGUCACCAUGUGCCUCAACAGCCUUCCUGACUUUCUGAUCCCUGAUAGCCAAGGCAACCCAGAGGAAGACCCAAGGUUUGAAAUUGUGGAACAUUUUGGGAUUGCCUGGUUCACCUUUGAGCUAGUGGCCAGGUUUGCUGUGGCUCCAGAGUUCUUCAAAUUUUUUAAGAAUGCACUAAAUUUGAUUGAUCUGAUGUCCAUCAUCCCCUUCUACAUCACCCUGGUGGUCAACCUGGUAGUGGAGAGUUCUCCCACCUUGGCCAAUUUAGGCAGGGUGGCUCAAGUCCUCAGGCUCAUGAGGAUUUUCCGCAUCCUAAAAUUGGCCAGACAUUCCACUGGCCUUCGGUCUCUAGGGGCAACCUUGAAAUAUAGCUACAAAGAGGUGGGGCUCCUCUUGCUUUAUCUUUCAGUGGGCAUAUCAAUAUUCUCUGUAGUGGCCUACACCAUUGAGAAAGAAGAAAACGAAGGUCUGGCCACAAUCCCUGCCUGCUGGUGGUGGGCAACUGUGAGCAUGACAACUGUGGGCUAUGGUGAUGUUGUUCCAGGGACCACAGCUGGGAAGCUGACUGCCUCAGCUUGUAUCCUUGCUGGUAUUCUUGUGGUGGUGCUGCCAAUAACUCUGAUCUUCAAUAAAUUUUCACAUUUUUAUAGGCGACAAAAGCAACUUGAAAGUGCCAUGCGCAGCUGCGAUUUUGGAGAUGGAAUGAAGGAGGUUCCUUCAGUCAACCUAAGGGACUACUAUGCCCACAAAGUUAAGUCACUGAUGGCAAGUCUUACCAACAUGAGCAGGAGUUCACCAAGUGAAUUAAGCUUAAAUGAUUCUCUGCAUUAG